AUGGCAUUCCGCUACGUGCACUUACUGCCGCAAUCCUAUUGGCACGAUCCUAACAGUUGGCAUGCUCGUUACAGUAUCCUCCAGACCAGCGGGGCCAUACCUAAUAUUCUGAAGAAAUGUUCAGAUGCGAUCAAUAGACUGGUGUCAGGGCAGUCGAGGGAGACAGCCUUUUCUGUGCUAGAUACUGGGAUCCAAGUUUCUAGGAAGGCUCCAUUGGAAUCCCUCAAUCAACAGAUGUUCAGAGCACCACCGGAAGUGAUAGAGGCCUUUCAACGCAGUCCAUUGUUCAGGGGGGUGCUUCAAUCAACUGUAAGGAAGGUUAGCUAUUACAGGUUUAAAGAGACAACAUAUUCCAUUUCUUCGAGGCACAGAGGGAACAGUCAGGUAUUCAUCGAUGUCAGCAGAGGCAAAGGCAAAGGCAAAGAUGGUGAUUGUGCCAUCAGCAGCGAAAUUCCUGUGGUUAUCCGGUACAUCUUGCAACCUAAUCCCGACGACCUGUCGCAAGUAUACCUGGCUGUUUGUCACCUGCAAAGUGUGUCUGUGGACUCUGAUCCCUUCACGGAAUUUGAUAUACUAGGUGGAAGGCUAUGGAGCCGGAAUCUGGCAGAUAAACUCGAAAUCAUCGAUGCAAGGGCUGUGAACAAGCACUUUGUCCGGUGCGAUGUGAUGUGGGAGGAUCAGCCAGUUUCUGCAGUCUUACCAUUGUCCAGAAUCCUAGCUCUUAUCCCAAAACAUGAACCCGAACCUGACAACGUGAGCCACUUACUAGACCAAAGUGCGAGGUUGAGUGCAGAGACUGUUGAAGGCAGUUCAUUGGAUGUGCUGGACUUGGACGGCCAAUGA